GUUAACAUCAAUCCAUCAAUAUCAGUAGUACACCGACUGUACUGGAGGACGGUUGUGGUUUUGAAGUAGUGUGAAGUGAACCAUGAAAUCGUUACUAUUACCAAUAUUUUUUUUGGGAAUCAGUAUUUACGUGGAAGCAAAAAUUAAAUGUACAACGCCAGAUGGUUUAAAAGGCAGAUGCCUAAAGUUAAACGCUUGCCACUCUCUCAAAAAUCUGCUGAGGAAACCAUUCCAGCAACUAACUAUUCGCGAUUAUUUGCUCCUCAGAUACUCCGACUGUUAUGAAACUGAAUACCCUCAUAAGGACAUGGUCUGUUGUCCAUAUGAACCUUUAACAUUGGACAUUGUAGACCCCAACAUAUGUAAAACAUAUGACGGUAGUAUUGGAUUAUGUACGAAUCUACAAACAUGCCCCACAUUUAAUGACAAGCUGGAUCAAUUGAUGAAUACUAGAAUUAUGGAAACCAUAGAGAUGUCCAGGUGCGAAAAUGUAAAAAGACACAGUGUGUGUUGUGGCAAUCAUAUAUCCAAAGAACAACCCAGCAUAAACUUUUACGAGGAGUAUAAUGAUGCACCGUAUACAACUUGCACUAUGUCUACUACCCCGCCCGACCCACAGAGCUACUGCUGCGGAGUACAAGCCACCAAUGGCGAUAGAAUUGUUGGAGGAACUGCAACUGCAAUAGACGAAUACCCAUGGCUGGUACUAAUAGAGUACAAGAUGAUAGGGUCGAAUCAGAUUGAGGUGGGAUGUGGAGGGUCACUGAUAAGUGGACGAUACGUGCUGACGGCGGGACACUGUUUGGUUGGAAGCGAUAUUGGUGGUCGAAGUCCUGUAAACGUGCGACUUGGAGAAUACAACCUUUUGAAUACUGGUCCUGAUUGCGUGAUAACUCCUGGUGGUGGAGAGGACUGUACCGAUGGUGCACUCGUUAUACCGAUUGAGAAAAUCAUUGUACACGAGCAGUACAAUCCAAAUGAUGUCAACAAACAUAACGAUAUUGCUUUGAUUAAACUUAGUACGAUGGCUCCAUACACUGAUUUUAUUCGCCCAAUUUGCUUGCCUACUUUGGAUUUAUCGGUGAACGCACAAGAAGGUUUAAGACUUUUUGCGUCUGGAUGGGGGAUGACAGGAACUUUGCAAAUUUUGAAUUCUAUCAAACAUGAAGUGGAUUUACCUUACAGGCGGUUUGAUAACUGUCAAGAAAUUUAUAGGAGGAGAACUAAUAAAACAUUAACACGGAAUCAAAUGUGUGCCGGUGGUGAGCCGGGAAAAGAUGCCUGCAAGGGUGACUCUGGUGGACCUCUGAUGUACAAAAACGGGGAAUUGUAUGAAGUAGCAGCAGUUGUUAGUUUCGGACCUACACCAUGCGGACUUGACAUACCUAGCGUGUAUACUCAUGUCUACAAUUAUUUACCAUGGAUAUGGGAACAAAUAAAUAAGUUUUAGUUUCCAAAUGCUUGGAGUAUACGAAUUUAUGACUGUUCCGACUAAAAUGCUUUAAUUCUACAUAAAUAUAAGUACGGC